UGUAUGAUACUAUACUAAUAGUAAUAGGUUAUAACGUGUAAAUAGUUGAGUGUAUAGUAUUGAAAGGAAAACAAAAACUUGAGUUGAAAUAUCAACAGUGAGUAACGAAUCAAUAAAACCAAGUUAUGAAUUAUAACGAACAUAAAUGCGCCUGGGUAAUCGAUUUUGUUACUCCUGCAACAAGAGUUUGGGGUGUUAUGAGUAUUAUUGUGUUUUGGGGUGUAGGAGCUGAUGUAGCUUUUCAUAAGCAUGACCUGGGAGUUUAUGUAAUAAUAUCUGCUGUCAUACUUACUUUCCUAGAAACAAUGUUUGUGGUGAACCUUUUCUUGGAAGCCUCUUUCAGGGAUGAAGAUAAAGAUGGCUGUUUUCGCUGUUGGAAGAGACUUCAGUGGCUAGACCUUUGGAAAAAGUCUUUGCUUUAUGCAGGCAUGUCAGUUCUGUGUUUUGUCAGGCCUUCAACUGUAUGGCUGGCAACAGUUGCAGGUGUGAUGUUACUAAUCCUUGCCAUCCUAUAUCUUCUAAUGACUUAUAAAGUGAAAAUUGAAUCUGGUGAUUCUUUGCUUUUGCAAAAGGAGGGAUCCUAUGACAGAUAUGAAGAUCUGCAAGAUGAGAUUGAUGAUAGUCUUCCAGAACCAAGAGAUGUUAAUGUUGGAGAUCAGGAGAGAAUACUCGAAAUUUAACGUGUAUAACAAGUCACUUAACACUGUUGCAUGAGUGGUUUUUUUUAACCAAAGAUUUUAUAUUUUGUGAUACCAGUGAGCAAGGUGUUCUUGUUAAUCAGUAAAUAAUUUGUUUUUGGUGGUAAGACAAUCAACACUUUAUCUUCAUGUGUGUUUAUAAACAUUUUUCUUGAUAAAAUUAACAAUUUUCAAUAGAUACCGGAGCAUUCUAAUGAUCAAGUUAAUGGAAAAGAAUUCAAAAACAGCAAUUAAAAAUAAAAUACGUUAUAUCCAACACUUAACUAAAACUAAAUAAUGUCAAUUUUAAAUGUACACAGUUAAUUAAGUCUUGAGAGUUGCAAAGAUGCAAGUUAACUUAACAAAUAUUGUUCUCAAGUUUCAGUAUAACCAUGUAAUGUGGUAAUUUAUGUUUUUGUUUUGUUGUUCAUGUUGGCCAGGAAAACAUUCAGUUCUAUGAUUAAGAAGUUAGUUACAAUUUUGGAUUUUCAAGCAAAACUCCUCCUUAUGGAGUGAGUGAUUGUUGUCGUUAUUUUCAUUGUUUAUGGUUCUUUAUUAACUUUGAAAUUAUGUUACUUGUAAACUAAUACAGUGGAAGAUUAAAAAGCAAUGUGCAUUUUGGUACUGAUCAAAGCAAAUGGUGCUACAGUGCGUAUACUGAAUAACCAUUACUUAACAGUUGUUUUACCUUAAUAAUUCCCAUUGUCACAGUUUACCACUUUUGCUGAAAUAGCAAAAAACUAUAGGUUUUGAGAUUGCCUGUUUUGUUUCUUGACAAACAUUUCUUUACACUAAAGUAUUAACUUUUGGGUAAAGCAAGUAAUGAGAUUGUCAUUUUAGUUAAAGCCCUGAGAAUGAGGCAGUUAAAAAAUGUUAUGAUUCAACAGGAUUGUGUCAUUCAGUGAUUGUGAAUUCAUAAUGUGGAUCAUAUGCAUGUGUGUGUGUAUAUAUAUAUAUGCAUAAGCAAUUUUAAUAAGAAUCAAGUUUUUCAUUUUUUAAGGAACUUCAAUUGGCCUACAAUAGGCAAACUGGUUGUGUGUCAGCUUUUCAUGUUAGUCAACCUUCAUUUUGCAUUUAUUUAUUUAUUUUCAUUUGCUGUCUUUCUAAAUGAUAACACGUGUGUGAUUUUUUUUCUUUUUUAGUGUUCAUUAAGGAAGAAGAGUUUUGUUUUGAUUGUCAGUCAUAUCAUAUCAAUUCAUUGAGUUAAAAAGUUUGUUCUUGAAAGGAGCUACCAAGUUUAAAAAUCCAUAUGUUUUUGUCUGAAAGGUGUUUAAUUUUAAAAAUUAAAACUUCAGGCUUUGAAAACAUUAUUUUAAAUGUAAAUAUGAGAGCAGUACAUGAACUUUCAAUUAACUUCCUUAUAAACACCGUGUUCCAACUAACAGAAAAAAUUGCUACAUUGUUUCUUGCAUGGUUUCUUUAAACCAACCUAUUUUCUAAGGUUCCAUGUGACUAAAAAAUUUAUUCAUAGUUCCAUUUUAUGGAAUCUGUAUACCCAUCUUCUCUCUUGGCUUCCAAGUGACAGAACAGCUUCUGCAUUUUCAUUUUACUUUUAUCCACCUUCUUCUUGAACUUCUAAAUGAUAGAAAAAUUUCUGCAUUAUGUAAUUUGUAGAAUCCUUUUAUACACUUUCUUUGUGAGGCUUCAGGUAACAAAAAAGUUUUACAUUGUCUGAUUUUGUAGAUUCCCUAUAUCCAUCCUCUCCUUGAGGUUUUAGGGAUCAGAAAAAUUGCUACAUUGUCAUUUUGUUUUAUUCUUUUAACCAUCUUCCCUCUGAUGUUACAGGUAAAAGAAACAUUGCAGCUUUAAUUCACUCACACUUCCUAAUUCCCCAUUGAUUAACAGUUGUAUUGUAACUGUUGCAUGUAGAUUAUGAAGUUGUUGGAUUUCUAAUAGUGAAUAACAUGAAUCAACAGUGUUGGUCAUGAAUAAACUGAAGGGGAGCAACCAGUUACUCUCCUUAAAAAUCCCUCAGGCGAGCAGAGGGGACUCAGGAAAGUGAUUGAAAAUAACCAUAUAAGAUCAUACAAACACAAAAGUUAAUUCUUAUAUGAAAAGAAGUUUUACCACAAAACUCCUUUGUGUUAACUUGGCACACUGAGUACAUAUUAUGUAACACAUUAUAUAACAUAUUUUACUAACAUAAUUGUGAACAUGAUAAAAUUGGCACAAACGGAAAAUGACAGUUUAUAAAACUGACACAGAAACUAAAAUAAGAGAAUCUCUAUAAGUAUUGGCACUUCAAGCAUUCCAAGUCAUGGAAUGCAACAUACAUACUGGUUCAGACUAUUGUCGUCAUGAGAGUUUCAUUUCUGAUUCUGAAUACACGAGUGAAACAUACUGCAUAUCAUUAUGCUAUUGAAAGCAUUCACUUUAAAUACUGCACAUUAAUAUAUAAUAUAUGAAUAUAUCAAUAAUUUCAGACAAAGUCGUUGUGGAUAGAUUAUUUAGAAUCUAUCUCAGGAAGUAAAAUUCAUGAUUUUUUGAAUCGCUGUUACUGCUAUGCCUAUGAUUGGUUAACAGAACAUGGAUGCAAGUCACAUUUUACUACUUGUACUAGUAUCUAUUUUAUAGAUUGAAUAUUAGCAGUGUAUAGUCAGUGAAGGUAGAAAGUAAAUCAAUAAUCCAUCAAUUAUGAAGAUUUUAUCAUAUGACAUAUUUUUACUUCCAAGAACUCAUGAAUUAGCCUUUACCUGUGUGGCAUGCAUGCACUGACAGUAUAGAAUUGGAGACCAUUUGUACCAACAAUAAAUUAAACUUUAAUGGAUACUAAUGGCUUCACAAUUAAAUUAAUAAAUAUUUACAGUUAAUGGGUAUUGACCAUUUUUAACAGUUAUGUUUAACAACAUAAACUUUGUUAACUUAUUUAAUGUUUUAGUUUUUUUUCUAAUGGGAAUAAAUAAAGAAUUAUCAGUUAUCUUGACAGUUUGGUUGGGUCUUGAUAGUUCCUGAGUUGCGAAUAUACAACUUCAGUAGCAGUGCUUUAUGUAAUGUUUCUAGGAACACAGAUCAUGUUUUUUCUGCUUCCCACUUAAACAAGAAAGUCCAGAAUGCUACUGAAUUUCCUUUUGCAACCAAGCAUGCAGAUAAAAACAAAAUGGCAGAGCACGCUUUCAGUGCAAAGUGCCACCUGCAGUAUUCAAGAUAUAAUGGCCUUUUGAAAACACUGGGAUUAUUCAUGUUAGAAAUAGUUGUUGUUGAUGUGUGGGAUCUAUCUAGUUUGAAGGCAAGCAACAAAAUAUUUGUCUGGAAAUAUUUCUAGGUAAGAGUGAGAUGCAUGCAGGCAGUCAUUAGCCUCUUAUAACUAGCUCUGUAUGAGUGUUUUCACUUUUUGGAAGUAUAAAAAUCUUUAAAACUGGUAGUAUUAAGUGUUAUUAACUUUUUAGAAUUUAUUACUGAAAAAAAAAAGAGGUUUGUUAUGACACCGAACUGGAAACAGUUUUUUAAUUGUAAGUUAAGUAUGUAUGAGAUGUAGAGAUGCCAAAUGUUUAUAAAAUGAAUAUUUUUAUUGGAAAUUUUCCAAAGUUAUCUAGUUGUCAGCUCAGCUGGGUUUUCUUCCUUUUGAUGAAGUGUCUUGUACAUGAAUAAGUAAAGAUAUGUACUUUGAAAAAGUUUCCAAGUUAUGGUAUCAAUAUGAGGAAAAACUUACUAAUUGUUCAUAAUUUUUAUAAAUAAGUGUAUAUAUAUAUAUAUAUAUACACACUAUAAAAAUGCUCACUAAAAGAUUUAUACUUCUACGUAUCCUGGAAUAUACCAUUUACAACAGGUUGUGUUUUAUCGUAUUUCAUUUGUUGAUUUUGGUACAAGGAGGACUGAAACCUGUUUGGUGCAUAUAAAUUAGUAUUUUGGGAUUUUAGUCUCAUCAUGAGAAUCUUUUUUUAUGUGUUGUCAGGGAGUUAUUAAGCUUUUAAAAGAUUCAUGAGAAUCUUUUUUAUGUGUUGUCAGGGAGUUAUUAAGCUUUUAAAAUUGAAUUGUGCCAAUUUUUAAAUACCCAUUAUGUCUAUAAGUUGUUUUUAUACAGAUGGAAUUUACAUGCACCUUUUAAGAAGACUAUGCAAAAUAGUUUUAUAAUUACUUCUGAAAAUCAGAAGACUCCUUGGAAGCAAAUCAUAUGAUUAAAUUUUGUGAAGACACUAAAACUUGCCUUCUUUGUGGGUUAGGUGUGCUAUUUUUUUGAAGUUUUAGUACAAAUAAAAUAAAUACAAACAUACACAUACAUAUUGAAAGUAGUUUUUACAUAUUUGAUAAUGAACUUCUACAAAGAGUACUUGCCAGUGAGUUCAGUAAACAAAGAAGUUAAACCAAAUCUUCAGGCAGCUGCUAUUUAUGAUAUCAAUUCUAAUCCAGGCUGGAAAAAUUGCUGAAGGAAAACAAGUUGUUCAGAGGACAGAAAUUUUACUAUAUUCUUUGUCAUACAGACCUACUGAGUUAACAAGUAUACUUUAUUAGAAAUAUACAGACAGAAGUCAAGAACAACUUUAUGAAUUUUAUUAGAACAUCAGAUGUACUUACAAAACAAGACUUGAAUUUUAAGGUAAAAUACUAAACUUCUAGGGAAUAGCUUGUUCAUCAGAAUGCCUUGUAAGUUUCAAUUGCUUACAAAUACCUUAAAAAGUGUGGAAAACUAGACAGAUACAACUAUGUUUAGUAUGUAGUACAUUGAUAAUUAAAAUUCUACAUUUAAGAAAAAUGGUUAACUAGCUUGUAUUAUACAUAAUAAUGUGUAUAGGAAUUGUUACUUUAACCCAAUUGAUUUGGCACUAAUCUUCAGCCAUAAAUAACUUAUAAUAUUUAACUAAACUACUAUGCAAAAGCUUUGACUUGUAUUAAUAUUUAACUGAGGUGAGUCAACUAGAAGAGUUCUGUCAGUUUAACUACCUGUUGUAUGAUAAACAUAAGAGUAGUCUCUAAUCCUGCAGCAACUAAUGCUAUAUGUAAAAGUAAGUGGUCUAAUUGUUAAAUACAAGUUACAGGUAGUUAUGCAAAUGUUACAGAACUCUACCAGUCUUGUAAUCACUUUAUGUUAUGCAGUGUUGAAAUUCUCCUUAAAGAGCUAUAGUUAUUUACCUAUACUAGGCCUCACAGUGUAUGGAAUAUCAGUUUUUAUGCAAGUUAACCAUACCUCUUCAUGCAUUAUUAAAAUAGAACUGCCAAGAAAUGCAAAAAAUAAAGGAACUUAGUAUCAAUUCCCACAAGAAGAAGUGGUACUCCACUUGGAAUUCCAAAAAGAAUGGCACUGAGUUCUGUCUAGUACUUGCAGAACUUAAUCUCUGUUGGUAUGUUACUAACAAUAUGUUUAAUAAUGACCAGGAGCAACUAUGCAUUAUACAUUAUUACACAACUGUUUUACCUACUUGAAAAUCUGACAUGUAAUUAUUACAAAUGAUGAACAGGUACUUAGUCGUAGGGAUGACAAAAAUGUUGUAUUUACCUUGAUUAAUUCAAUAUUCAAACUUCUUUUUUUUUCUUCAAGUGUGGGAGUGUCUGGGGUUACAUUUACUUUAGUAUGUUGGAGGCUUAUAUGAUGUAGCAUUUAAGACCUGUAUUGGAAGAAUGAACUUUUGAGAAAAACUAUCAUUUCCAGGGAAUGAAUAUUAGUGUUUACAAGGAGAUUCAGACAUUGUUAAUUAUAUUCUUGGUGCAUCUUUAGAAAUAUGAUUCCUUUUACCCUGAUAAAUUGUCUGAAGUAGGUAGUUUCGUACAAACUGAAUGUACAAGGAAGGUUAGGUUUCCAUGCAACUAGCUAUCACUUUGGGACUUUAAUCUGGUAUCCAAGUUUAUAUUGGCUUUAUGGUAUAUAAUGCCUAAGUUAGUGAAGUAUGAUCUGUUAACUGGUAAUGUUUGCAAUAUUAUAACAUUUACAUUGUACAUCAAUGUAUUUUAAGAUCAACAAAGAACCUGUUAGUCAAUCGUAUUCAAUAAAGCUUGAAAUGAAAAUAAAACACUUAAAGCCAGCACUUAUCAUUCAAAUAUUUAUCAAGCCUUCCCUUAAACUCCUUUAAAUUAAUUGCAUCUACCACAUCUGAAGGCAACCCAUUCAAGGCUAACCACCGUGUUAGAAAAAGAAAGCUGUCUUUAGUUGAAGAUUACACCUACCCUACCAAGAUUUAUAUUUGUUUUCUAGUCCUACCAUACAUCAAUUCCCUUAACAAUCUUAAAUGUCAGAUCUCUUCUUACUAGUCCAAUAUUUCUGUAGAUACAGCUUAAAAUCCUAUUUGACCACAGUUUCAGAGAUCUUAACCUUUUCAUUCCGAGUAGCUCCCCCUCUGAACCCUUUUCAACAGGAUCAUUUUGUAAUUUGUAGUUAGAAUUUUAAGGUGAGAAAAGGCUUGUAGGAUUUUUUUGAUAAAAAAUAUAGUACUUGAAGUGUUAAAUAGCUUCUCUGGUUUUAGCUAUGAUAACUGUUUGUGAACAGCAAAAUACAAGCUUAGGAGUAGGACUUCAUAGCUGAAUAUCCAGAAACUAUGCUUUAUAGAAGUAAUUGUGUUGAUUUUUGGAUUGCUGAAUGACAAUGUAGAAUCUAUUAUUUUAUAAUUGUAAACUUAAACACUACAGAGAUUGAACCUCAUUCAAACUUUUAAUGAGUUACGGUACUGCACAUGUUUCAUGUGUGGAUGUUGCCAGGCAUGAGCAACCCACCUUCUGAACCUCAAAUGCACUUUGAUGAUCACAGAAAAUUAAAUCUAGACCUAUAAAAUCUUCUGAAUAUGGAGUUAUAAUUUUAUAUUCAUAACCUCUUUCUUUGAUCUGGCAUGGCCAGGUGGCUUGACUCGCAAACUGAGGGUCAAAAGUUCAAAUCGCCAUC